AUGCCGCACCCGCCAGCGCUGAGGAUGUGCCAAUCCUUGCCGACCGCCCUGCUGUCCUUGGCGUACUUAACGGCAAGCAGCACUACCGCUUUCGUGCUUGGCCCCUUGCGCGCGUCACGUGUCACAUCCGCCAGUAAUCGCCGAGCCUUGCUUCCAGCAGCAGCCGCCUAUCGACGAUUGACCUCUGCUUCUCAGCAUCAGCAGCGACCGCAGCGGCGCUGUCCGACCUCCACGCGUCUACUAGCGGGAUCAGCAUCAUCAGCGUUGACGCCAACAGCGCCACAAGCUGGCCUGCGCAAGGCAAGGAGCAGUAGAAGUGGUGGGGUUCGCUCGCUGAAGAGCGUGGCUGCUCCGGCGGGUCUGGAGAAAGGCGUCUCCGCCCGUGGACUGGGAGAGCUGUUAGAGGCAAGGAACGGGGUCAACGAGCGCUUCGUCUUCUUCGGCGGCAAGGGCGGUGUCGGCAAGACGUCCACGGCCGCCGCCGUUGCGAUCCAGUGUGCUGAUGCCGGGCUAAGGACGCUGGUCAUCAGCACCGAUCCGGCGCACUCCCUGGGCGACGCGUUGGACCAGGACGUUUCCGGUGGAGAACCCGUGAGGAUCAUCGGCUUGGACAACCUCUCGGCCAUGGAGGUGGAUACGGUCGAAGCCGUCAAGGAGUUCGAGGAGGCCUUGUCCUCCUUUGACAUAUCGGGGAUGGCUGAGGAAAUGGGCGUGCCUAAGGACAUGGUGGAGAGCCUCGGUCUUUCGGAGUUCAGCGAAGUGUUGGCCAACCCGCCCCCGGGGAUCGAUGAGCUGGUUGCUCUCUCGAGGGUUCUCAAGCUGGCCCGUUCCGAAGAGCAGAAGUUCGACCGCAUCAUCAUCGACACCGCGCCAACGGGCCACACGCUGAGGCUUCUCGGCUUCCCCGACUUCCUCGAAAACUUCUUGGAAAAGGUGAUCCAGCUCCGCGGGAGGAUGGGGGGUAUCCUGAACCUGCUGACGGGUAUGUUCGGGGGCGGGACUAACGUGGUGGAGAAGGCGGACAUGGCCGUCGAGAAGCUGCAGGGCUACAAGGAAAGGAUGAUGGAGCUGAGGGACCUGUUCAAGAACCAAGACGCUACCGAGUUUUGCAUCGUGACCAUCCCGACGCAGCUGGCGAUCGCGGAAUCGAAACGCCUUCUGGAAGCGUUGAACACCCAGGGCGUCGCGGUCCGCAACAUCGUUGUCAACCAGAUCGUGAGCCCGGACUCUGGCCCCGAGUACGUGGCACGGCUCCACAAGGGUCAAUCCGCAUGUAUCGGCAGGCUUCAGAAGCUGGCGGACGGUGCGGCGGGGGGGGCGGCAGAUGGGGCACUCGAUAUCAGCCCGGUGCCGUACUUCGACAUGGAGGUGGCUGGGGUCUACCCGCUUAGGUACCUGGGCACCGCCGCGUACGGCGGCGGUAACGAGGGCAACUGGAAGCAACUCUCCUCCGACGCCGAGCAGCGCUUCAUCAUCCUCGGCGGAAAGAUGGAACUGAAAGGGGGAAGGCUGAUGCCGUGCUGA